AUGGAUAAAAAAAAGAAACCUCGAUACUGCAAGAAAAAUAAGAAGAUAAAAUCAAAUGAUGGAGACAAAAUGGGAAAAAAAGGAAUUUUCAAAAAACAAUUACACAUAACAAGCAAUGAACAAUACAACAAAGAAGUGAAAAGUUAUAAAGAAGAGGCAGAGGAGAAUAAGUCGCGUGUAAAUAUCGGUAUUCUCAUCUACGCAGCUCAACAUGAUAAACAGGAAGACCUGAAAUAUUUCCAUCAGAAAAGAAACCUGCGAUGGUGUCUACAAAAGCUUCUCAAAUAUGCGCUGAACCAUGGUGACGAGGAUCUGGCUCUGUGGUUUCUUCAAGAGGGGGAAGACUUAACGAAGUUGGUUAAGCACUCCACUCCACUAUUGCAUCUCGCAGUCGAAAAGGGAUAUUCCAUAGUUUUAAAUGAACUUUUGCAACGACCACAUGUGGACGUCAAUGCUAGAAAUAGAAAUAAGGAUACAGCUUUGCAAUUGGCGUUGACAAAGGAAAAUCCCACCAUUUGUAGAAUACUUCUAGAAUAUGGUGCCAGAACUGAUAUCCCUAAUCGGAAUGGCAUGCUUCCUUUACAUCAAGUGACCCAGGCCAGUACAGAUAUCAGGUUGAUUGAUCUAUUAAUAGAAUUCAAAGCUGAUAUAGAAGCUCUAGAUGAACACGGAAUGCGACCAAUCGAAUAUGCGUUGCAGAAAUCGAUCAACAGGCAGGGAUUUCUUCGUAAACUGAUCAGCCAUGGAGCAAUGGUGGGAAAAAAAUUUGAAUCAAAACUACAUUGCAAAUGCAUGUCUGCAAUUCAGGUAGGUCAGAAAUUUGGAAUUACGAAACUUAUCAUGCGUGAAUUGCGAAAGCGCAGUCCUGAAAUCAAUUCAAAAGACAUAUCGGUACUAGACUGUGUGAACCUGACUGGAGACAUUGGAUCUCUCGUUGAUCUCUUGAAAGAGGACGGGGAUAUCUCUACCUUAAGUCAAUUGGACAAAAGUGCUAUACUUACGCGCCUUUUUAACUAUAUCACGUGGACGGGGAGUCAUCGUCUUCAUCAAUGCUUACAGGAAAGGGGUAUUAUAGCUGAUGAUGAAAACAAGACUUGGCUACAUAAAACCGGCAUGCUAUUAUCUCAGAAGCAUGUAGCAAUGUUUCAUGUUGAAGUGAUGGAUGAUCUUGAAUUCAUCUUGUCAAGACAUACUGAAUCGUUCAAAGAGCAUAUGGAUGUCAACUCCAUAGAAUCGGUAGUUACCAUAUCACCUGCUACAAACGAGGGUGCUGUCAUGAAAGUAUUUGCCCUUGUUAUGCAACAUCUGUUAAACACAGUUCAUGGCUUUCCUGCAAAAUCUUCCAUCAGAUUCAGGCACAUUCACACCAGAGAAUUCCUUACUAAUCACUCCCUACCGGAAAAGAUUUGUUCCAAUGAAAAGUAUUCAUCAUUGCUUUCGGAAGACACUCAUUCAGACACAUGCUUUCUGAAAGAAAUAUACGAGUUUCAUGUUGCCAAGAAUGAUGUCGCGUACGAGUGCCACUCACUGCAUAAUCAGAUUCUUCAUAAAGGUUUGCAUGAUCUGGAAAAGAACUGGAAUGACUCUGAAUACAUUCAUUCAACAGACAACGCUGGAUGGACACCAUUACAUCUGGCCAUUGUUUUGGGAGAAAGCGAAAUUGUCAAAAUACUGCUUGACCACGGCGCAAAUACAUCAUUGUAUACAACGCUUUGUCUCCCCGCCUUUGUCUGUGCAAAGUCGAACAGGAAUAUUCGCAUGCAGUUCUCACCCCUAGAUCUAGCCGUACGCCUCAAUAUGAAUGACAUUGUACAGCUAAUUACAGAAAGGAGCCCGGCUAAUCCGUCCAUGAAGGCUUUCAUCAAGAUGUCAUACGGAUUAGAAUUAGAAUCCACUUUGCUGCAAUCAGUUUGUAAGGAAGCAGAAAGAAAAUAUAAGGAUAUCGGAGCACGAUUUAAGCCAACAUACACAGUGCGCAAAAAUCAAGCGAUUCUUCGUGUCUGCCUCGGAUUUACGGAUGAUGUGUGUGACGUGAAAGAAGGAGACAUACAUGGUGUAAAAGUUAUAAUCAUGAACCCGAAUAUUGCACCAGAAAGCGAAUGGAUAGAAGAUGAUAAGAUGACAGAAAAUGAAGAAAUCGUUUGUAAGGCGAUCGUUGAUCGAUGGGCCGAUAAUCUUUGGAAUCAGCAUCCGAAUUUGAAUGCAAUCACUGCCGGAAGCAUAGUUAGCGUAAAAUGUCCCAAAGCAAACCCUGAAGCACAUAUCAUGCUACACUGUUCACACAAAGGAUACAUUCCCUUGGCGAGCCAAUGUUUUCCAACUGAACUGAAAUGUGAGAAGGGAGCAAUGCCAGUGGCAGUACUUGAAGGAGAGUUUAUUUUCAGCCCGCGGUCAUACAGCUUGAACGCCAUUGAUAUCAGUCAUCCACCUACCGGACGAUGUCGCAUGGAAACAACUGAGCACAUUCCUUUGAAAGUUGGAAUGAGUAUAUGUGGUUCUCAUGGACAAGAAGGUUCUGUAGGAACUUUAGGAAUAUUUGUGGAAAUUGGCAAUGGAAAAACGGGGUUCAUCACUUGUUCCCAUCUGUUCCAUGCAGAAAAAAUCGAAAAGGGAGAUACUCCUUUUAGCUAUCAAUCUUCACAAGAAAAGAAAGGUGAUGACGUCAUAGCUCCAUUUGAUCAUUUUUACGAAAAACAUAUCAGGGGUGUAAAAAGGAUGGAAAUCGAUGAUGAUCCUUUGGUACAAUUAUGCGAAAAUGUGACCGUCUACUGGCAGUGUGGAAAUGUAGAACGAGCCGUGUUUAACUCUGAUUUAGAAACGGGAAUUGAUGCGGCACUUGUAGUGAUUGACCCAAACCGAAAUCCACGUGAUGGUUCUUUUGAUGACGUCAAGUAUACCCAUCUUAAAAAUGCAGAAAUGAAUGUUAGAGAUCAUCCAACAUUUGCAUCAGGAAAACAGGCCGAUGUGAAAUACCUUGAUAACGAUUGUUCUCCUGAAUCGCCUAUCAGGUGUAUGAAGCUUGGAGCUGGUUCUGGGCUGUCUGUUGGACUGCUGACAUGGACAUCUGGUCAGGCAAGAACCUCGGAUUCUGAUAAGCUUGGGAUUAAGAAAGAUUCCUCGCAUAAAUAUACGUUUAAAGGCCAGUAUGUUAUUAGCGGACUUAAGGGAAAGCAAUUUUUUGAAGAAGGAGAUUCUGGAUCGGCAGUUUUUGUCAUGAUAAAGAGAAACAAACAUUAUUAUCCGGACGCUUGUCUUGGGAUCGCUAUUGGAUUUGCUGAGACGAAGACGUUCGUUACUCCCAUAGGUAAUAUUCUUGAGGCGCUGAAAUUGGACGAAGGACCAGCACUAACACUUAAACAAUUUGUUCAACAUUGAUUUUACGUGUCAAACAAAGUCAAACAUGUCUAGACAUUCUAUGGGUCCUGUUAUUAUCGUUCAUGUAUGUAACCAUCGGAAUCUAUAUAAUAAUUAACACAUAUAAUAAUGCUCUUGA